AUGCUUCCCUUAAGUUCGUUAACUUUAGGGGACGUUGUUAAAUCAUUAAUUGCUAUGCUACACCACAAUGGAAUGGCGGGAAUUUUUACCAUCGGUAUGUCCAUCUCCAUUGCAUUCAACUUCCAGCUGGGACAUAAGAUAUUAUAAAGUAUAGACGUUGUCGUAUACUGCUCGGAUGGACAUUUACCUGCCCGUCACUAAACAUUAUACGAUUAAGUUUUCUUAUAAUAUAUUUAUUUUCCUUAUAUAUAGCUGCGAUGUUAAUGGGAUUACAUUAUGAAAUGAUUAUCAAACUUAUGAAAUACUGUCCAACGCCUAUUAUAUGUGGAACAAACAGACUUGGGAAAACGACAUCUGCCCGAGCUGCCCUUUCUUUAAUUGGUAACACUGCCAAUUUCUAUUCCUCUGUGAAAGAAAGGUUUAUACCUCGCCUUUGCAGUCGCUCAACCCUGCCACCCGUUCUGGACGACAUAAAAAUUCCCAAGAUUCUUGGAGAUGCGGUCUUAUCCAUAUUUAAUAAUGGAAAAGAUGGCACAUGCAUUUUCGAAAAGGGACCUAAAACUCUCCCAAUAUUUACUGUAAAUUGGGAGGUUCUGGAUGGUCUUAACCUGGAUCCAACGUAAGCUAAUUAUAUAAUAUUAUAAUCUAAUUACAUUAUAUAUGUCAUUGUCGCGGUAUAACUUCGCAGUAAAGCGUAACGUUUACCACGAAUUGAUAAAUAAUUCUUAUUAUUAUCAUUUCUAUAAUGACAUUACAAAUACUUUUUUGGCCAGGAACCAACGCCUGUCGUCUUUAUCAGGGACGCCGGAACGAUAAAAAGGCAAAGGGGGGCAAACGCAUACCAAAGGGCACCUCUAUAGAUAAAAAGUAGUGCACCAUUUUAGGGGUCAAAAAUUUUUUCCGGAAAUACCAAAAUUUUUCGUGACGUAAAAAUAUUUUUCCGGACAUCAGUAAUUUUCUCCAUUUAUCCAGAAUUUUUUUCUAAACUGAUCCAAAAAUUUUCUAAAAUUUUUGUAAAUUAACCUCAUUCUUUUCCAAAUUCACACUUAUUUUUGUAAUUUAACUUUGUCUGGGCCUAUAAAUUACCCGAAAAAGCAUCACUGGAAAUGUGAUUUAUCAGGUAGUAUUUUACAACUAAAAGGGCACUUCUUCCCCCCCUAGCAAAAGGCAAGAGGGGCAGCUGCCCCCCUGCCCCCCCCCAGUUCCGGUGUCCCUGGUCUUUAUUAUAAGGCGAACGAUAUAAUCCAGGCUAAAAUGUUAUGACGUAAUCAUCGGAAAGAUGUAUUCUUGUGUGUAUCACUUACUGCAUCGUAUAGGGCUCUCUUUACAAGCGAAUAAACCUAUUACUUUUUAAAGCAUGCAUUUGUAAUAGAAUCAUCACACAAAAGCGUAGUUAAGGAUAGGUUUUAUGCCAUACAAUCUACCAGUGUAUCAGAAGUUUGACACUGAGUUUCUUCAAUUUAUGUAGAGUGUUUGGACGACUCGUGCUGAUUCCAUUUAUAGAAGGAAAGAGAUGUCCCAAUGGAGUAGAUGCGCAGCAAAGGGCGGAGCAUGAUUGCGAAAAUAUGCUAGAUCGAGCUUCGAGCGCAAUUGGAACAAUGAUUGGUGUGUCUGAGGAUGUAGAGUACAUUUGCCAAACACGUGCCAAAUCCAUUCGCUCAGCAAUGGUACAAGAUGUUGCAGAUUUAGACGACAGAUGCAUGAAGAAUUAUGCUAUUUUGAUCGGUUUUGCUGAAAAGGUACCGUAGUAAAUAAGCACAAAUAUACGCGAAUCAACUACAAAACCACCGUUACGUUGCACUAUGAAUCGUAUCCGGCGUUGCGCACUCUCACAAUUAAAUUCACCUCAUUCAUGCAAUUUAAUUAUUUGUCAGGUUAUUGAACUGGCAGAUGUAGGAUUGGAUGCUAAUUCAGCGUACUCUUUCUUCGUCAAUGUGAUAAUUCCGCACGGGGUAAACAAGUACCAGACGGAGGAUGCGAAUGAAGCUUCAGUACCAAUUUCGGCACCAGAGUCUGGCGAACCGCUUGUUAUUGAUCUUAUCGUCAGGUGUAUAAGAGAGUACGGACUUACAAUACCAAAGGUAAUUGAGACUGUAAUUUUUACUUAUAUUAUAAGGAUAUUAUUAUCAGUGCCAGAUUAACCAAAUGGCAAAAGUGGCAUAUGCCACGGGCCCCACGCUUUUGGGAACCCCGCGCUUACUCUUUUCGAUUAAAAAAAAAACAUAGUUAUGAUUAACCUUCAACCAUAUGGUUAUGAUUAAACAUUUUGAAUUAGGUUGAAUGGUUACACCGAUGACAUUUAAGUUGAAUAGUUAUGCCGAAGAGAGUCAACGGCAUAACCAUCCAAUUCAAAUUGAGUGGUUAUGCUGAAGAAAGUCAACGGCAUAGCCAUCCAAGUUGAAUAGUUAUCAGUGGCCCCGUGGCUGCGGGGGUGGAUAUGGGGGCCAUGCCAAAUUUGUUAUGUUAUCGGAAUCUUCGCAUGGUCAAGCAUACCUGCAUAUAGAAGCUGGAGUUACUUCUCUUCGUUGUUUGACAAUGCGAAAUAUGUUUGAAUAAGAAAAUAUAUAGAUGAAAUAUCAGAAAUCGGACUCAGUUUACGUUUUCCCAAUAUAAUGUUACAGAAUAGUCAAUAUUUAAUUCAAUAUGAUUUCAUAUAUUAUUGGGGCGGGUAAAUAAAUUUUCGGAUCGUCGGGUUUCACCGAAAAAAUUGAUGAUUGUCCAAUACUGGCGAACGUAUACGCGGAUCGUGAAGAUGGUAAACAUUGAACACAAUUCGUACGGUUCGUACGAACUGUGAAAUGACUUUACGGACGUGAAAAAUACGGUUCGUGAAAAUGAUUUAUGUCUGAAAAAUUGUGUUUGACAGGAAAAUACUGCCCUUGCACACCCCCCCCCCUAAAACAUGGGACCCACGAAGCCCCUGAUAGUUAUGUCGAUCACAUUCAACGCCAUAAUUAUCCAAGUUGAAUGGUUAUGCUGAUAGUAUUCAAAGGCAUAACCAUCCAAGUUGAAUGUAAUUCUCGGGUUUCAUAUGACGUCAUAAAUUUGACGGGGGGGGUCAACUCUAAAUCGAGACGCAGUCAUUAGAGUCAAUUAAUUGUUCAUUGUAUGUCUUGUGUUUAAUGGCAAAUACAUGCAAUUUCGUAUCAUUUGCUCACUCCAAUACAGCAUAAGCAUCAAUACAUUUUAGGUUGACCCCCCGUCAGAUUCACUGCAAAAUGCCGUAGUGAAAUCCAAGAAUACCGGUAAUAAUCAAAGUAUACCCGGGCAACUUUUCAAAUCUCAAAAUACAAAAGGAUUGAAUGUUUCUGAAUUCAGGGUUUAAAAUGUCGUUGGGGGCCUGGGAGGGGGGUGUCAAGGGGCCCACGCUGAUAAUAUGCCGCGAGCCCCGUGAAACCAGCCCUGAUUAUAAAAGUUAAUCCGGCCCUGAUUAUAAAAGUUAAUCCGGCCCUGAUUAUUAUAACUGAAGGUUUCAGUGAUCAUAUUUUCAGUCAUAUAUUUUCUCAUAUUUUCGCAUGCAUUAUUCAUUUAGAUGUUGACCAGUAUAAAUCCUGACGUGAAUUUUUCAUCAGGCCCAUCAACAACGAUGAAGAUACGCGGUGUAGCCAUUGCCCUGAAAUGGUUGAUCGCAUUGGUUAAAGAAAGUGGCAAUACGACGCCACGAGAAGAUAAAAUGAGGCAAGAAAUUGCUGCACUCGGAGUUGGAGUUAUCAGUAACAAGAAACAGUAUUUCAACAAGAAAGCGAAUGGUCAAAUCAUCUGCAGAGGCGCCGACGGUGUAGAAGUGGUGUCGAGAAAGUGUGUACUUGUCCAACAUUCCGCUUUUGGGCAGGAGAGCUGGGCCACGUUUUCGCAAGGUACAGCCACCAAUACUAGAUUCCCCUUAUUACGUUUUCGUAGCGCUUUGCAGUUUGUAUUGUGGUUAUAGUGGUAUCACUGAUAAAGAUAGCGGCCUCGAAUGAAAAUAUUGAAUGUUUUCGUAAAUAUUAUUCUGUUAGCUAUCGCGCACCUGAUCCUACAGCUUUUUUUAAAAAGUUCUUGCACGAGUCAGGACAAAAAUAAGCGGCAUCUUGAAUAUUAGUGAUAGCACUAUAACCACAGCGUAAGCGCUACGAAAACGUAAUAAGAGGAAUCCUCAAUUGUUAUCCUUGGCAUGCAUAUUUAUUAUUGUUCACUUUAGAUGUAUAUGUUGUCAGGAUGUAGCAUUAAUAACGUACUCGUAUUCGACUUUUCCGCAUUGCUCGGGGACAAGUGGACAACCUUUAGUGUCUAUUGAUGGCGGAUCAAGUUUUCGAUUCGGUCUAUAUUAACCGUUUCCACCGCAUGAUCAUUAAUCAUAAACUACUAAAAUAAAUAAACUCGCACAAUUAUAUUACAGCAUUUGAUAUCAAGUCUAAAGAUGGAAACCGUGAUGAGAGUGUUCUUGCACCGCCAACGUCAACGAUCUUGGAAUCAACUGCUGCGCCGGUCAUUGCCUCGGAGCAACCUGCAGCUGUAAGACUGCCUCGGAGCAAUCCACAAUUGUCCCAGCUCCAAAUGCAAGUGCUUCGAUUGCCACGGAACAAUCCACAGUUGUCCCAACUGUAA